AUGGUGAUGUUGUCAUCUGCACAAGAUAGUGGGGAUGGGUUUGUUUUCAAAUGUAAAACCCCCGGCCAAGUUGCUUUAACUUUUGACGACGGACCAUCAGCCGCAAACACACCAAAAUUAUUAAAAAUAUUAGAUAACAAAAAUAUUAAAGCCACAUUCUUUGUUUUAGCUGUUAAUGUCAAUGAGGGUAAUAAUAAAAAUAUAUUGAAACAAACCUUUGAAAAAGGUCAUCAAAUCGCAUUACAUUCUUCAACCCAUUCUGAUAUGAAUAAAUUGUCACCAGCUAAAGUAAAAGAAGAAUAUGUCAAAAAUAUAGAGGCUGUCAAAGCUACUAUUGGCAAAUCUCCAAAUUACGCCAGACCUCCAUUUGGUAAUUGUAACGCUGCUUGUGCCAAAGUAAUGAAAGGAUUAGGUUUAACUGUAACUCAAUGGAAUGCUGAUUCUCAGGAUUGGCAAUACGCUCAAGCAAAAGAAAAACAAUCUUUAACAGUCAAAAAUAUAAUAGACGUAAUGGGAAAAGGGAAUCCAAAAGUAGACUCAUUCAUCACUUUACAACACGAUAUUCAACCAUUUUCUGUUGAUUUCACACCAGAAAUUAUCGACAAAAUUACAAGCUUUGGUUAUAAAUUUGUCACAGUAUCUGAUUGUUUAAACAACAAACCCACUGCUUAUAAAGAAGUACUCAAACACAAGCACCAAAAAGUUCAGCUAAUAAAAUUGCUUCUUCAUCAAGUAUUCUUGGAAUUUCUUUAUUUGUCUUCAUCCUUGGUUUCUUCUG